AUUUGAAGUACAUAAUUUAUAGUAAGAACUUUUAUAUUUUUUUUUUUAUAUCAUGACAGAAACUUUAUGACCUGAUAAAUGUUAACAUGACUUCUGUGAUAAUGGUAAGUAUGAAUAUGGUUAAAUGUUAGUUAACUUAGGAACUUGGGAACACAAAUGUCCACUCUGUGAUGUUUGUUAGCAGUGUUUGUAUUGCUGCACUUGGGUAAUGAGGCUGGUUCAGCGGUAUGUUAUGAACCAUUGCACGUGCCUACACAGCAACAUUAUUUGUAAGCAUAGCUUUUGAUUUGUAUGGUGUUUUACAGCUUCUCCCACCUUCACUCUCCCCUUUUGAAGACCCAGUUUGUAUCUCCUAGAACUAUUUCUUCCUCUAUAGUUUUUUUUAUUCCUACCGUUACACACAGCCACGUACUCAAAUCCCAAUGCCUAAUCACGUGGGUACAUUUGAACCAAGAUUGCAGCCAUUAAUGGUAAGCACCCAAUCUUGAUGAUCCUAUGGAAAAAUAGGGGACUGUGAACAGUCUGUUAUUCUUAUCAACCCAUGUGGCUUCAGUGUGAUGGUUGCUAGGGUAGUGGGAGGGUGUGGGACUCAUGUCUUGAUUGCUGCUGGGGACCCAUUUUAAAAUGUGGGUUGGUAGAUCACCUCAGGUAUGUGUUUGUCGUAAAUUAGAACCCCAAGCAUUUAAGGGCACCUACCCUCUUCUUGUGAUGUCCAGUUUGCUAGGAAACCAUUUCAUGGCCUUAAUAAUGCGCUUUUCACAAGGAGAUGUCUGCCUCUGUCUUAACCAAGUUGUGUCAAUUACAUUUUUCUACCUUUGCUAUACUCAAUCUACUCCGUAGUAACUCAAAAUAUUCAUCUUGCUGUCUAAUAUGGGUGAUAAUCAGCAACACUUUGCUUUUCAGAUGACUCGUAUUGUUUUACCCCACAUGUGCAAAAGGUAGGCUUCGAUACUGGUCACAUCAUACCUUUGAAACAGACAUCAUUUCAGUGUUUUUGUACCUCUUACAAGGUUUUCUUUGCUGUCUCCAUGCAGGAAGCGUGGUGCUAUCAUUAACAUGUCAUCUAGUGCUGGUCUGCUGCCAACUCCUCAGAUUGCAGCUUAUGCUGCAACUAAGGUUGUUUACUCAAUUGUUUUCUUUGAAAACGUUACUUUAUGUUAUAGAAUUUAUGCAAGAAGUAUAAAGAAUAGUAUGCACAUCGGACUAAACUCCAGGGCCGUUUUGCUGAAAGGCCAAUAAGCACUGAUCCAGGAUGAACUUUUCAAUCCACAAUUGUAUUAACUUUCUUUUAGAUUUGUUUUGAGUAUCAAAUUGGUCUAACAAAAUUGGAUUUUAUAGUAAAGGCUCGUCAAUUUUUUUAAAAAAUGUUCCUAGACAAGAAAACCUUGCUUAAAAUUUGGAAGUUAAUCGUAAUCUGUGAAGUGGAUAAAGAGGAUACAGUAAUCAUUGUUUCUUUACUGAUACUAGCCCGGGACAAAAUGAAAGAUCUUGGGUUCGACAGGAUUCGAACCAACUAACUAUGGCGUUAUUACUUAUAUUUUUUGCAGGAGUUUGUUGACAGCUUUUCUCGUGCUUUGGCUUAUGAGUAUUCUUCACAAGGUGUCGAAGUUCAGGUUUGUUGCCGACAUCCAUUUCUUGUUUUGUUGGUGAAAAAUUAAAUAUCAUUAAUUUAUUAUUGUAUCAAGCAAAUCAGCUAAUGUUGUAGUCAUGGUAAAAAUAGACGACUUUGAUAGGUGGGCGAACAUGGGGACUCUUCUAUCCGAGUUGUGUACUAUUUAUAAAGCUGUCUUCUAGUUAAAGUCUUUUUAUCACUGACUUCCGACUUCAAGGGGGCUUUAAGCUCCUUCAUGUGUUUACUUGGCUGCUCAUUCCCAGUGACGCCCGGCUGUGGCAGUUGACUUGUAAAUACUUGUUUGUUUUUCUUCACUUCACAGUCAUUGAGACCAUUUUAUAUCGCCACAGCAAUGACAUAUGGUACCAAGCCAAACGUUUUUGUUCCUUCUCCAGAGACGUACGUAAAGAAUGCUCUUCGAACACUAGAAUUGUCGACACGGAAUACAGGUUACUGGAAUCACGAGAUCCAGGUACUGCCACCUACCUACUCUACUUACCUUAAAAGACACUUAGGCGCAACCUGUUCACAGACGUGUGUGGAGAAAUAGAACGAGCGCGAAGCGCAAAAAAACGUUUAACAAAUUUAACCACCCCUCCCCUUUGCGUUAGUGGUCAAGAAGUUUCUAGCCUACCUUCCAGCUGGACUAGUCACUCGAGACCUAGAUAGAAGCAGGCUAGAAGUCCCCGCCCCCCGCUUUUUAUUUUCAUAGGUGUAAAAAAUAGACAGUCAGUUAACAGGUUUAAUUAGGAGUGAGCCCGGACACACUGACGCCUAGAUCUAAUCCCCUCCUCUUACUUACAGCCUUUGCCUACUGAAAUCAUGCUAUGCCAAUACUGUCGUAGAGACUCUCCUCUUCUAAGGAGACACGUGACGUGACACAUAAAUAUUGUAACUCCGAUCAAAUAAACCGACUGGUCUUAUCAGCUUACAAUUCAUGCUAGAGGCCAAUCUUUGCCAGUCAAGUAUAUUUUGUUUGUGGUUGUUUCUUUUUAGGCAUUGUUCCUUGGAUUCUGUCCCGAAUGGUUGUGGAUGUGGGGUGGCAGCAUUUUAAAUCAGCAGAUUCGUAGGAAUGUUCUCAAAACCAGAAGAUAACUUUCGUGGAACUUCUAGCUACACUAGAGCAUGGGCGACUGUCCUUUUUCAGACUCUGGAUUGGAAGCUAUUCAACAUGAACUUGCUAGGACUUUAAGAAAUCGUUCUCACCUAAACUCCCGAAUACCGACCAUUUCAUUUUCACCUCACUGAAUUAAAAAAAAACCCAACUGUGUUAUGCCUCUUUCUUCAAAGCGCUCCUAGCGUUUAGUAUUUACUUCGCACAUUAUAGUAAUCCUUUCUGCGCUAAUACUCUACCGUGGUUAUAAAGGUCUUGAUUUGCGAUCUGUGCGUGACUGUAACACUCGGUUAUAAGCAAGAGGCCGUCUUACCCUGACGGCCAAGUUGAUUAGGUAUUGGCU